AAAUGUCUUAGCUUCUGCACCCCAGUUCCUCAUCCCCCAUCCCAGGUUUCCGGACUGGACCAACAGUAGGGAUAAAAGACGCGGGAAGCGCGGCUGGAGCCACUGGCCUGCGGAACCCUAGCCCACACUCCCCCGGAGCUCUCGGAUCCUGCUUGGAACCUUCAGAACAUGGGCCUCCUAUGGGGCUCCUGCGGCCUCCGCCCCCAGCCCAGGCCCGGGCUGCUGCUCGUGGGGCUAUUGCUUCUACCAGCUGUGGUCACAUUCGCCAGCAGCGUGAACCCUGAAGAAGAUGGGGACCUGCAGUGCGUGUGUGUGAAGACCACCUCCCAAGUCCAUCCCAAGCACAUCACCAGCCUGGAGGUGAUCAAGGCCGGACCCCACUGCGCCACCGCCCAGAUGAUAGCUACGCUGAAGAAUGGGAGGAAAAUUUGCCUGGACCGGCAGGUCCCCCUCUACAAGAGAGUAAUCAGGAAACUCCUGGAGAGUUAGCUCCUAGCUGCCUAAAUAUGUACUUUGCUAUAAAACAUGUUCCCGUGAAUUUUUUCCCCCCACGUUCGAUCUCACUGAAAAAGAAUCUGCUAGUGCUUACAUUAUCCUUCAAAUCUUAAAUAAAUAAAAUGAAUCAAGUUGUGAUAUCAUCAAAAUAUUUCUUCAUAAUACAGCAGAAAAUAGUGCUGACAUAUCACAUUUUCUUACAAGAAAACACCUCCAGAAUUUUAAACAAAAAAUAUUUUGAAGGAAGGUUUGGUUUAUAAGAACUGAAUUUGCUUGAUGCUA